ACUAUCUAUAUUAAUGCAUUACAUAAGUAAGUUUUGAUGUUUUACACGAAGUAGGUACGUUGAAAAUCUCACGUAACUUGAUUGAAUUGCUCGCAAUUUUGCACGUAAAUGUCGUGUCAGCUGGUCGUUGGUUCGUCUGGGUGCUUGAAUGGCUUGAAUAAAACACAAACCCAUCGAAAUGGAAACAGCACUCACUUGAAACCGCUGAUCGAGUGCGCAACUUUCUACUAACAAACGCGACAAUGUUCGCAUCAGCUGCUGUGAUUUUCCUUCAGAACCUUCAACAAGAUGACACAACACUUAGCAACCAUCAACAGAGAUUCAACAAAUUAUUGCAAGACAUCCAACAAAUCAGCUACAAAGUGCACAUACAUCACCUACGAGAAGACACCGACCUAGAAACGACCUUAACCGAAUUCUUAAAAUUACAUGACAUAGUGAUAACAAUUGGUAAUCUUACUGAGGAAUUAUUCACUGCAGUUGCUAAAGUUUACGAUGAGCAUUGGACUGAUGACUGUAAAGAAACCAGCAGGGAAAUUAAUGAGGAUUCUGACAGCAGUGAGUACAAGUACUUUCAGAUCAUCACGGAGCAACAGAAUCACAUCUUGAAACUACACAGGUUUUAUUUUAUUGAAUCUGACUGUGUGGAUUUGGAUUUUACUCAGCUUUUGAAACAAUUGAACAGUUUUACAAGAAAACCGGUGUAUUCAAAAGUGUUUCACUAUAAUAAAAGUGAUAAGAGAGCAAAUGAGUUUGUUGACAAGUUAAUAUCUCGAGAAAAUGGUGUCAGGUGUAAGAAACUAACAGAAAAUGAAGUGAUUGUUUCCUCAGGGAGUAUCGAAGAGAUAAAUGCUUUGCAUCAACACUUUGUGGAUAGCUACGAAGUGGAGAACAGUUUUGUUCUUGAUGAAUAUGAAGAGGAAAUCUUAAAUUCACCUUGUAUAUUCAUUCAAGAAGCAAUUCAAUACAUAAAGGAGUGUUUCGAUUUGUAUAAACCCGAAAACGUGUUUAUUUGCUUUAACGGCGGAAAAGAUUGCACGGUCUUGCUACACCUGAUGAUGUUAAUACUAAGAACAUACUACUCGAAUUUCAAUCGACCUGUUUUCUGCAUGUAUGUUCAAUCAAAGAAACCUUUCCCCCAAGUGACGGCCUUCAUAGAUAAAUUAAAAAAGUACUAUAAUCUCGAUGUACACACCUUGACACUGGGUAUUAAAGACGGUUUAGCUGCAAUCCUCCAGGAUAAACCCAACUUGAAGGCUUGUUUGAUGGGCACGCGACGCAGUGAUCCAUUUUCGGCGAAUCUGCGUCAUUUUCAAGCGACUGAUAACGGCUGGCCCGAAAUCAUGCGCGUCAGCCCGCUGUUGGACUGGGAGUUUGCGCACGUUUGGGAUUAUCUGCUAAGCUUCAAAGUCCCCUAUUGUUGCCUCUACGACGAAGGAUACACGUCCUUGGGGAACGUCGACAACACUCUAAAGAAUCCUCAAUUGCUGAACGAAGACACAGGCGCGUAUUACCCGGCUUAUCGGUUGCUAAAGAGCACCAAGGAACGAAGCGGACGCAUGUAGUUAAUAAAUUGUGUUGAUAGUAAGAAAAAGUGAUUAAAUUUUGAUAUAAAUAUAUAAAUAUUGCAAUGUUAUGCACAGAUUUGCAUGGGUAUUAAGGUAGGCGAGUUAUAAAACAAUUAAAUUGCAUAUUUUGUAUAUUUUACAAACACUUUUAGGCAAAGUAUCCACGAUAAUAUAUUUAUUACCAAUUAUUUUAAUGUUUUAACUAUAGAUUUUUUGUUUUUGUUAUUUAUAAGUUGUUUUAUUUUGUUUAUUUGAUAGUAAAUGAAUCUAUUGUUGUACUUAA